CGGCGCAGCAGCUGGCGAGGCGCUAAUCGCCUUUGUAAAUUUUAAUAUCAUUUUGUGCAUGGUUUUCAUUCAAAAAUCAAAAGCAUUGUUUUAAUUAGUUUUGUCGGAAUCUAACGUGUAACUACUAAUUAUCAUAUUGUGCAACACUUAAUAUUAGGUAAUUUUGCGUUCCAAAAGUUAACAAAAAAAUGUAGUCUACCGAUUUUCGGUGAUGGAUCAUGGAAUCCUAUGAGGAAUCAAAUUGUUUCUCCUUGAGCGAUAGUUUCUCCUUAUACGAGAGAUACAUGAAAAGUUUUAACGUCGUAAAUAACUACACCAACGAUCGCAUCGAAAGGGCGCCCUCGGACUUUGACAACGAAAACUCUAACAGCGGAGGUAACAUAGACCUCUCCGAGGCUAGGGAGUCGAACGUAUGCGAGAAAAGCCGCUCGGAGUUCGAUAAGACACCGUCGCUGCAACAGAUCGACAAUAUCGACAAAGGUUUGGACGAUGUGAUAAAGAUCGGCUCGCCGUGCACGUCGACCAACGCGUCGUCUUGUCUGACCGACAAUUUAAACGACAAAUCCGACUUGACCGACGUCCCCGUGUCUUCGGAGGAGUCGAAAUCCCAUGACUUCAAGCCAGCGUUCAUAACCUCAACUAUGGAGAACAGCAAUAACGCAGUGGACAGCGUCCCGAUGUUUCGAGACGCGAAAGCUACGGAGAAUGUGUUCAAGCUUCCGAUCACGGAGUUAUCCUUCAACGCGACGAUCUUGAAGCACGUUCAGAAGUUGAAACCUAUCGUGGACCCGAUAACGGCUCUGACGACAGCUAACAACAUGCUCAGCCUGACUGAAAAUAGUGCUAGUGAUCCGGGCAACAACGGUGAACAAGUGAACAAUUUAGAUGAACCCAGUGGGUACGAGGACAGGAGUAAUAGUGAAUCGACUAAGCUAGACAAAUCAUCAGAAACUGGGGACUCCCAGUCCCAGUCUUUAGAGAGCAGGAAGUUACAAGCGAAUGAAGGUAGCUCCAAGUGGAACUUGGACCAGAGCUACUCAUCCUUGGAGGGGUCUUUUGACAGUGGUGUGAGGUCUCCUGACAUGUUCUCUGAUGGCGAGGAGGAGGCUUUGAACCCGGAACCGGAACCCUUCUGGAGUUUCCUAAAGGACUAUGAAACAAAUCAUAAGAUACAAGUUAGGAAGAUUGAGGAGAGAUUGCAUGGUGUUCUACCUCCACCUUCUGUCACCAUUCUAAAGACUGAUGUUACACAAAUGUUAAAGAAGUACUACACAUAUUUACCAUUCUUCAACGGAGAGGAGCAUGUUGAUGUAGAAUCAAACUCGAUGACACCAAAGAAGAAAGUAUCGUUUGUUAAAAUACCAGAAACGAGUGAUCAUUGUGAUGAUGAUCAUUUUGAAGCAGUGAUUAGAAGAGUGUCUAUAGACAGUCAAGCUCUCAACACGAGUACAGACAAGAGUGUGGAGAUAAAAAUGGCGACGGAAGCAGAAGCUCUACAGACUGAGUGGCCGGAUGUUUUGAAGUGCAAAUAUUAUGAUGUUUAUUAUAAUUUAACAUCAUACUCUGAGAAAUUGGAAAGACUGAAUCAAAAGUAUGCUGAAAGAUUUGUUGGAGCAGAAACUGAUACUAGUGUUAAUAUUUACUCUGGAGGCCUGCAGUCUCCGAGCAGUGCUAGCAAACGCAAAGCAUUGAGAAUCAAAAUGGCUCAAGUGAAGUCCCCCGGUCGUCGUCUGUCGCACCUCGCGCGGCGGCGGCAGGCGUUCUGCAGCGCGGCCACCAUCAGCGAGAAGGCGCAGUGCUCCACAUCCAAGAUGGUGCUCAUUGAUAAGAAUUACUUCCCACACAGAAAGCUGAUCAGCUCGGCGGAAAGAAAAAGCCCUCGUACCAGACGGACUCCCGGUAAGAAGACGCCGACCAGCAAAACCCCUGGGAAGAAGACUCCGGGCAAAACACCAAAGAGCGGUUCCAGUAAGAAGAAAGCAAUGAGACGCCUGUUGCUGGACAACGAGAGCUUGACGAGAUCUCAACCUGCAAGAGAGACUCUCAAAAGGGCUCUCUUCAUAAGUCCGGAGAAUAGAAAGUCCGUACCUGCAGCCUCGAGUUCCUCUGUUCCGCACCAAGCUAUGAGGUCUAAACGAGCUCUAUUCGGAUCACCAGUAAAACCGGAGGAGACAAAGAGCAGUGAUGGAACAAUAAGUGACCGGUUUCAUAUGGACCUGAAACGAAAACGCAAUCCGUUUGACGAAGGGCCAGAGAACAGGAGUAAAAUUGCGAAAAGUUUGUCUUUUGGAGGGGAUUCGAUUACAUCAUCCCAACCGAGCUCCAUUCCCCUGAAUCGACGCGCUUCAGAAAUGCCUGCUUCGAGAAACAUGGCCGAGUUGAAUGAGACACAUAAAAAGAAACUUCUUUGGGCGGUAACCGAAGCUCUUCGUCUGCACGGCUGGAAGAUGUCUUCACCAGGUUUCAAGGAGAAGGCAUCUCUAUUGGCACGGCUGACUCGACGUCUGCUGACAUUACCCCCACAUGCGGCGAAGCUGGCUGCACCCAAACUGUCCACAUCUGAUACAUUAUUCAAGCUCGCUCGUCAGUACGUAUUCGCUAUCAUCCAAGGACGGACAGUAGAGGAAUGUUUCCAAGACGAACAGAUAAAACUAUCCAACGACAGCACAAAACUCACCGGGUACAUAUCAGCAUCAGCCUACCAGCAGCUAAAGAAUCGACAGAUACCAGCCACGUUGACCUCGCAAGUCAAGGAGAACACUUGCAGCAAUGGGUCAGCGAAACCGGACCCCCCUAGGAGCAGUACGAAGAACAUAUUACAAGACAAGUUAGUUAACAUAGAUACCAAUUCUAAUAGUAGCUCUGGUUUUAGCAAUAUAGAAAGGCCAGAGCUCUUCAAGUCGAACUCUAUGCCUUCUUUCGAGGAGGCGGCAAAAAUGCGCGCCAGGAGGCAAAUAACGUUUGACAAUUUAGACUUUCCUAAAAGGUGAUGAGUUACUAAAUAGAAGUAAUUGAGUUUUGAUCAUCUUGCAGGCUUAGCAUGGCCACAGUAGAAAUGCGAAAGAAAUAUUGUCAGAUAUUAGAAUUAAGUGACAGAUUGACUAAGGAAAUCUGUAAUUUUGACAGAUAUAGAGCAAAAUGACCGAAUUUCUUUGCCAAUCUGGCACUUUGUCUAUUCUUUCAAGAUACUAUCGUGGCCAUGCUAAAUGUGCUGGACUAAAAUUUCCUACUAUAAUAAGUACAAGCUUUUUUGUCAAAAUAAGUUUCUGCAGAAUCAUUACUAUCACGACAGUGUUAAGUAAAUCGAAUUUUAAAGUUUAAACAUAUUCUUUGAUAGACUAAAUUAGAAAACUACAAUAUUUUUUGUAACAAAUAUUGUAGUUUUUUGAUUUAGUUUAACAUAUGAUAAACUAAAUCCGAAAACCACAACAUUUUUUGUAUGUUAUGCGAAAGCGAAUUUAAUCCUUGGAAGAUACAUUUGCAUGUGCGAUUUUUAAGUUGUGACUAUGUUUCAUAAUUUCAAAACUUGUUACUGUGACAUGCAACAUUAAAGUUGUGUUCAAAAUCAGCUUAUAAGUUGGCAUGCAAGAAUCUUUCCUUAUUUUUAUUAUUCAUGCCAAUUUGUUACCGAAUAAAUCAGAAAAUGGUUACAUAUACGCACUUUAAUAGUAAUUAAUUUUAAGGCAAGGCCAGCCUGCUUUGAUUUAGAAUUUUCUUAUAAGAAUAAAGUUGUAAAUAAUAAUUUUUGCAUGGAAGUAAAAUAUAUCCUCAUGUCUUCUUGGUUGUAUUCUGAUUGAUCAAUCAUAUUUUUUUGUUAAUGGCUUCCAUAUUACUUGUAUGACCUCUUCGUAAAUAAACCCUUCUAGUCUUUAGUAGAUAUGUUGUCAGUUAUCAUUGUUUCUUUCUAUAAAAAGUUGCUCAUGUAUGCAAUUAUAUUUUUUAUGCUCCAUUUAAGAAGAAUCAGUUUGUAAAAUACAUGUUACACAUUUUUGACAUAAGUUCUAGUAUUUUUAAGUAGUAGAAUGUUUUGUGUAUUCCUAAGCGGUGGAACUGCUUUAGAUGGAUGGAAGUUUCCCAUCUACAGAAGGGCAAAGGUACGGGAAUAUUGGGCGUUAACCAUCCAUCCAUAUAUUAUAUUAAUGUAGAUGGUAUUGCUCGAGUCUUUUGGGCAUUUAUGGACAUUAAUGAGCAUUUUGUCAUGUCUUUACCCAUUACUUUAUUAGCACAUUUAGCAUUAAUGUUAUCUUCCGUGUUUCGAAAAUGCUUAAAUGAAUAACAUAAAAUAACAUAACUCAUAUUAUGGCUUGAUAAAUAAAAGAUAACAGGACUAUUAUAUAUCCUUGUUGAUGUCCUUGUCUUAUACAUUAAAAAGCUGUUUGAAUGACAAUAACAGCUACAUGGAAUAGUUCAUCUAUUUUUGUUCUUUGUUUUUAGGACGAUUAAAAGUAACGGAAAAUUAUGCAAAGUUCGGGGCAGAGGGCGCUACUAGAAUCUAAGCAGUAAACAAUCCGUCAUGUUGCACGCGUCAUAUUAGAAUAUUGACAGAAACGUUGUCAAACGUCGAACAAAAAUGUUUAUCUGCUGUCUAUGCUGGU